AGAGUGUCCAAUCGAAUUAUCAGAAAAAUCAUUUACUAGACAAUACACGGACAUUCCUUUAAAUUUUAAUUCCAUAAUGGGAACGAAUACUUAUAAAGAGUUAAUAAAACACAGAUGGUAUGAUAAAGAAAUCAAUGAUAGCAAAUUUUACAAUAGAGAUGAAUUUUAUCCAAAAAAGCGAGAGACUGAUAAUCAGUGUAUAUCAAGACAUCGAUUAGUUCGUGUUAAACAUGCGGAAACAUUUUCAACCGUUUAUCUUUUGCAGGGAAAAGAGCGGUAAGACUAAUAUUAACUGAUUCAGUCCCGAUGAUGAUGCAAUUUGAUAUUUUGCCAUUGAUAGAUAUCGGUGGCACGCUUGAUAUCAAUAUACAUCUGGAAGUAAAGAAGUUGCCGUCAAUGCGAUCGGUUUUGGUAACAAUGUGCAUUCGACGAGAUCGUAUGCCUACAUUAGAAGAUCGUCAUUCUUGUCAAAAUGGAACUUUAGCGAUAAACUUGUCGUCAUUAAGCAAGCUUAACGCAAGUUUAUUAAUAGCAUAUCCUCAACCUGGCACAUGGUACAUUAUUAUCCUUGCGACAUGUUAUAAUUAUGGUAAACCUGUACGCUGUCAAAUCAAAGAAAUGUCAAUACUAUUGAAUAUACGCACCAAAAAGUGUAUGUCUUCUGACCAAAGUCCUUGUGGUAAUUACGGCGUUUGUCAAGAAAUUCAAAAGAACAUCCUUCACUACGCAAUGUGUAAUUGUUUCAAAGGUUACACAGGAUGGGAUUGUACAGAGAUUUCUAAUACCAUUCCUACUAUUUCUCUUAUGAGCACCAUAUUGCUCAUCACGAGCAAUGUUUUUUUCGUACCAGCUGUAUACGUAGCCGUAAAACGAAAGUUGUACGCAGAAGGGCUGGUAUAUUUGAUUACGAUGCUGUUCUCGUCUCUGUAUCAUGCCUGUGAUGAAAAUGGCCGAUUUUGUAUUACAAAGUACGAGAUCUUACAAUACAUGGAUUUUUUUUCGAGUAUUUUGGCAUUUUGGGUGACAUUGAUAGCAAUGGCAGAAUUACCAAUCACUAUUAUACCAUUAUGCCAUAUGACAGGAGUGUUUGUCAUCACUCUUGGGAUGCAGAUAAACAGGAUGUGUUUAAUCAGUAUAUUGAUACCGCUGUCAUUGGGUAUCAUUAUACCGGUUUCCAGACAUACCUAUCGUACUUUUCAAUCCAGAAAAUGCAAGAAACCAAGCCGAAAGAUACUACUAGUAUGUGCACAGUGCUUGGCACAUUAUCAUGGCAAUAUCGUUAAUAUUCUUGUUACUAUCAGCAAAAUUAAAACAAACCACAUCAUCGAUAAAUGCUUCAUUCGAAAAUGAUAGUGAAUCAUGGAGUUGCAAAGAAUUUUACGGAAUCCCUACAUU